GUAAGACAGAAAGCAAAGAUGCUUUUUAUUUUGUUGGGAUGUUUCGUAUCACCAACAUUGAGUUUCUUCCUGAGUACCGGCAGAAGGAGUCCAGGGAAUUUCUUUCUGUGGCGGGGACCGUCCAGCAAGUGGUAAACUUUGUUUACACAACAUCUGCCUUCUCCAAAUUUUAUAAGCAGUCUGUGGUUGCAGAUGUCAGCAGCAACAACAAAGGUGGCCUCCUUGUCCACUUUUGGGUUGUGUUUGUCAUGCCACAUGCCAAGGGCCACAUCUUCUGUGAGGACUGUGUGGCAGCCAUCUUGAAGGACUCCAUCCAGACGAGCAUUAUAAACCGAACUUCUGUGGGGAGCUUGCAGGGGCUGGCUGUGGACAUGGACUCUGUGGUACUAAAUGCUGGGCUUCGGUCAGAUUAUUCUUCAACCAUAGGAUCUGACAAAGGCUGCUCUCAGGACUUGUAUGCAGAUCAUCUGUCUCUCCGCUACCCUCUGGAGAUUUCUGCCACCUCAGGGAGGCUCAUGUGUCAUUUCAAACUGGUGGCCAUAGUGGGCUGUCUGAUUCGUCUCUCGAUUGAGUCUAUCCAACUCGAAGCUGACAACUGUGUCACCGACUCCCUGACCAUUUAUGACUCUCUCUUGCCAAUUCGGAGCACCAUCUUGUACAGAAUUUGUGAACCCACAAAAACACUGAUGUCAUUUGUUUCUACAAACAAUCUCAUGUUGGUGACCCUGAAGUCUCCUUAUAUACGGAGGCUAUCAGGAAUCCGGGCAUAUUUUGAGGUCAUUCCAGAACAAAAGUGUGAAAACACAGUGUUGGUCAGAGAAACCACUGGCUUUGAAGGGAAAAUUUCAAGUCCAUACUACCCGAGCUACUAUCCUCCAAAAUGCAAGUGUACCUGGAAAUUUCAGACCCCUCUGUCAACUCUCGGCAUAGCCCUGAGAUUCCAUAACUAUUCAAUCACCAAGAAGAGUAUGAAAGGCUGCGAGCAUGGAUGGUGGGAAAUCAACGAGCACAUGUACUGUGGCACCUACAUGGAUCACCACACGAUUUUCCGAGUGCCCAGCCCUCUGGUUCACAUUCAGUUCCAGUGCAGUUCAAGGCUUUCGGACAAGCCACUGUUGGUAGAAUACGGCAGUUACAACAUCAGUCAACCUUGUCCUGUUGGAUCUUUUAGAUGCUCCUCUGGUUUGUGUGUCCCUCAGGCCCAGCGCUGUGAUGGAGUAAAUGACUGCUUUGAUGAAAGUGAUGAACUUUUCUGUGUGCCUGUUAAACCUGCCUGCAACACCAGCUCCUCCAGGCAGCACGGCCCUCUGGUCUGUGAUGGCUUCAAGGACUGUGAGAAUGGCCAGGAUGAGCAGAACUGCACUCGGAGCAUUCCGUGCACCAACAGAACUUUUAAGUGUGGCAAUAAUAUUUGCUUUAGGAAACAGAAUGCAAAAUGUGAUGGGAUCGUGGAUUGUUCAGAUGGAAGUGAUGAAGUCGGUUGCAGCUGUAGCAGGCGUUCGUCCACUGUCCACCGAGUCGUCGGGGGCACUGACUCCCAGGAGGGGGCUUGGCCAUGGCAGGUCAGCCUCCACUUUGUUGGAUCUGCCUACUGUGGCGCCUCCGUCAUCUCCAGGGAGUGGCUUCUCUCUGCGGCCCACUGUUUCCAUGGAAACAGGUUGUCAGACCCCACACCGUGGACAGCUCACCUUGGGAUGUAUGUGCAGGGGAAUGCCAAGUUUAUUUCCCCAUUGAGAAGGAUCGUGGUCCACGAGUACUACAACAGUCAGACCUUCGACUAUGAUAUUGCUUUGCUACAGCUCAGUGUCGCCUGGCCUGAGACCCUGAAACAGCUCAUUCAGCCAAUCUGUAUUCCUCAUGUUGGCCAGAAAGUGCGCAGUGGGGAGAAGUGCUGGGUUACCGGCUGGGGGCGAAGGCAUGAGGCAGAUAGUAAAGGCUCCCCUGUUUUGCAGCAAGCAGAGGUAGAGCUCAUUGAUCAAACCCUCUGUGUUUCCACCUAUGGGAUCAUCACUUCGCGGAUGCUCUGUGCAGGAGUGAUGUCUGGCAAAAGAGAUGCCUGCAAAGGAGACUCCGGUGGACCUUUAUCUUGUCGAAGACAAAGUGAUGGAAAAUGGAUUUUGACUGGCAUUGUUAGCUGGGGUCAUGGAUGUGGAAGAGCAAACUUUCCUGGAGUUUAUACAAGAGUGUCGAACUUUGUUCCCUGGAUUCAUAAAUAUGUCCCUUCUCUUUUAUAAUUGUACUAGUUGUAUUUUUAUCUGUGAUUUAUGUGAUAGAUUCUUUUAAAACAAUGAAAUAAUUAUCAAUAAAAUGUCAUGCAAUUUUUCAACCGAAAAUGUUAGAUUGCACACAUCUGAUAUUUACUGAAAGAGAGAUAUAUAGUAUGUGUUCCAUAAAAAUUACCCCAAGCAUAUAAAAUAUUCAUCCUAAGGCAUCAAGACAUCAUUGAUUUAAGGAUGAGAGAAAUCUAAAGUAUUAUCACAUACAAAGUCUCUAAAAUAAAGUAAGAAAUGAGGGAGAUCUUUAGGUGUCCAUACUUUAUUUUAUGUUCCUGUUCAAGUACAAAUGUUUACAAGUAUUGAGGUAAACAUGAUUUGCUGAAAUAAGGAAUUCCUGUAAAAAACUCCACACUUGAUCAUUAGCAAUCCCAUGAAAUAAAUGCACAGAAAAAUAUAUCCUUUAUAAAUACAAAUAUAAACAAAGCUGUUAUUGACAGAAUAAGUACCUAUAUUAUUGCUAUCCAAUUCAGUUUUGUCUAACCAUAUCAUAACAGACCUAUUCCAGCCAUGGCACAUGGCAUUGUUGUGUACAAACAAAACUGAUGGUUAGAAAACUUUACAAAAUGACGGAAUAAAGUAUUGUGGUAGUUGGGUUGAAAGUACUUAUAUGAGAUUCAAAGAGAUUGUGGGAAUUUUGGUCAAUAGUGAAAAGCCAAAGGGAUUUUUGGAUGUUGGUUGUACAUGUGGAAGUUUUCAAAAGUAUCAUCAUCUGGCUUGUGGUUAUUUCAUAAAACUCAAUGGUCAAGACCCUCAUUGUUAUAAAAAAUUACAUAUAAGAGGUUGUGAGGGGAAUGGGAAAAUAAACAAGGAGAGAAAUGAAUUACAGUAGAUGGGGUAGAGAGAGAAGAUGGGAGGAGAGGGG